CCCAGUCCCAGCCGAGAAAAAGGGGACGUCAUGGCCCCUCCAACCCCUCCCCAUCAACGAUAAGGGAUAAGGCCAACUACCGGCAGGAACGACUCCAGACGGGGAGACACCACAACUGUCAUGAUGGCAGCGAAUUUCUUAGCGCAAACUUUAGUUCAUCUCUGCCAUCAUCGCCGCCUCAACAAAGAGAAUACAUCAACAUGACGUUCGUUUUCGGAGCUUGCACCGCUACCACACCGGGCCUCUCUCCUCCAGCUACUUGAGAUGAACCUCUGGCAAUUAUCUCCCUGGACAAUGCCGCCAAGACCCAAAGAAACACCUUUGCCAUGACUCAAGGAAACGGAGAUCCCAAAAUGUCUUCAUCCAUUCCCAACCCCCCGAUCGGCACUCGGUCUCGUCGUCCCAACGGCGCGCUUGAGGACUUCCUGGACAACAAUCCGGAUCUCGAGCUGGGAGGCUCCAAAGGCUUCAUCACCGAGCGUGCUCACCACCAGAAAAUCUUUGGUAUUCACAAUCUGAAGAAGGGCGUAAAUGCCAUCGGCAGUGUCGAGUUUACGGCGAUCCGGGGCCCGCACGGCACGAUUCCCAUCCGGAUUCUGUAUCCCGAGUCAGCCGAAGACUGGAGAGACAGAGGCGAGGCAGGUGCACUAAUCUAUUGCCAUGGGGGUGGAUACACCGUAGGAAGCGUGGAUGAGUUCGAAAAUGGUUUGAGGUUGGUGGCAGAGAGGUCUGGCUGCCAGGUCUAUUGUUUCGACUAUCGCCCUGCCCCCGAGUUUCGAUAUCCUGUUCAACUGGAUGAGUAUGACGCUGUGAUCGACUGGGUUCAGAGCGAGGAGGGCAGGAAUCGAGGCGUGCGUGCCGAUCGUGUUGCUGGCGGCGGUGACUCAUCUGGAGGCAACCUGACUGCUGCAGUUUGUUUACGGCGCCGAGACAAGGGCAAGAAACCCCUCUGUGCCCAGAUUCUGGUCUACCCGACGGCUCGCCUUCCAUUUGACACCCUGGCAGCAAAGGAGAAUAGCUCGGGCUAUUACUUGCACACCAAUGGUAUCUUCAGCUUUGCGGCGCACUAUAUGCCAAGACCAUCAAAGGCGAAUGGUCCUUCACCACUGGAUGCAUACAUAUCUCCCGGCUACCAACCUGCAAAAGAUUUGGCAAACCAGCCCAAGGCGGCUGUUAUCACAAACGGAUUUGAUCCCUUGAGAGACGUGGGCAUCGAAUAUGCCAGCAAACUGAAGGAAGCAGGUGUCGAUGUCAAGUGGGUUCAUCAUGAAGACCUAAUUCACGGGUGGCUUCAAAUGACGCCGUGGUGUCACGCUGCUGGUGAUGCAACUCGAGAACUGGGGAAGCUUGUGGGAGCGAUCGUUUACGGCUAUGAAAAGGAAUGAUCCCGCUCGAAACAGGGCAACUCUGUCAUGGUGUCAUUGAUUCUGCACUGUAUGCUCUACCUACCUACACGUUUGAUAUAACCGUAUAUGUGCCGUCCAUGAUUCUAUCCA